AUGUUUCACCUCUUCUCUUACUGCUGGUCUUGGCUGCAGGCAAUCCAAGAGCCUAUGAGGAAAAUGACUCUCCUUGUCCUCGGCCUAGACGGAGCGGGGAAAAGUUCCCUAGUAAGAGAAAUCCAGAGAGUCCUGUCCUGUGAGUUGCUGCCCACCACAAAGCCAAACCAGAUGGAGCUCCGAGUGGACAGGUUUGAGGUGUCCCUCGUGGACCUGGCCGGGGGGCAGCGGUCGUGGGGAACCUGGAAGGACCAUUUCAGCACGGCUCAUGGGAUUAUCUUCGUGCUCGACUCCAGCGAUGUAGCACGGGUGGAUGAGGCCAAAAAGACCCUCUCCCGUGUCCUGGGACACCCCACGGUUUCCGGAAAGCCUCUGUUACUGCUGGCAAACAAACAGGACAAGAUGGACGCCCUUUUGCCCUGUGAAAUCAUUGAGCGCCUGUCUCUGGAGAAGCUGGCGAAUGAAAGCAAGUCCCUGUGUCGAAUCGAACCCUGCUCAGCUACCAAAAAACUUCCCAGAAUCCAGUGCUGGACCAUUGUUCAAGGACUUCAUUGGCUCUUACACACCAUUGCCAUCAACUACGGUGUUCUCUGCGCCCGCAUCUACGAAGACGGCCCUGAACGACAAGCGUCACCAGAGCGGGAGAUUUCGAAGAAAGCACAGAGAUCCGGGAUCAGGAUGCGGGAAAACAGAGAGUCACGGGCAAGAAGAAAGGGCUGCCCAGAAGAAAAUGCCAAGACGGAUGAAAGCAAAACCACAAAGCUGUCCGAGAACAUCCUCUCACAGAAAGAGGAAAAAGCACUUGCAUCCAAGAAAAGGAAGGGGAAAGUCAAGCUGAAGGUGAAAAAGAAAAGUUUGGUGCAGUCUGAGGAUACCUUAGCUGAAGACGAUAGUGGAAAAUUGGCAAUGAGUGGGAGCAAAGUGGGAGCGAUCGCCGGUCUCCUCCACAGCAACAAGGUAGCUCAAGAGAAUCCCAGGGGCUCGGAAACCUCCCCACCCCCACCAGGACAGCGACCAAAGAAGAAAAAUAAGAUAUUAAAGAAUAAAAUAAAAACUCAGGAAUCAUCACAGAGCCAGCCAAAUGAGAACCUAUCAAGUACUUUUGAUUUGUAUCGGAGGGCCAUGUUGGCUUUGAAAAGGCAGCAAGAGGGACGGAAGCCACAAUCCACAGACACUCCCUGAACCGGCUGAGGCAGGAGAUUCGAAGCAGGACUCUAAGAGGCGAAAACAAUGUGACCAAGGACCUAGUUCUCUGCUGCUCCGAAAUGCUGGAAAGUGUUGCACUGUGACAUUCAGGGCUGGCCCAAGACAUUUUGCUGUCCGAGGCAAAGAACAAGAUGGCGGCCUCUCCCAUGCCAAAGACAAAUGCCAACUGGACUAGCAGAUGAAUCUUACUUCAAUACUGUGGAUGGAGUACUUUUCUCCGCUGCAUCUGAAGGCAUCUCCCCUGACAGUUUUCUCCCCAGACACUUUCUUGAUGCCUCCCCACAUCAGCUGCUUGAAGCAAUUGCCUUGCUCCGCCUCAUGGUAGGGCCAGCCCUGGUGAUGUUCAAAAUGGAGGUGAAAGGCCUUGUCUCAGAAAGAAGAUGGGGCGACUCUGAGACUUCCACUUUGGUGAA